AGGUCGAUAAAUGUAAUGGACGAGAGUUCUUCACGGCGCAGUACUCGAAAUAAUCAAGAAGCUAAUCAAGUACUUAACGAAAACAUACCACAACAGUUAAGGUAUUAUUUUCGAAGAAGAGAAAUAAAUAUGGAUAUUCAACCAGAGCCAAUGGACAUUGAUGAGCCAGCUGCAUUGGAAAUUUCUGAAAAUGCAGCUAGAGAUGACUCAAAUAUGAUGAACAUGGAUCAUCCUAAUGAUUCUGGGUUGAACUCUGAUGGUAACGACAUUGAAAACGAAAAUAUUAAUCACAAUGUCGAAUUAGGACACGACACUGAUAGCGAUGAUGAAAGUAUUCAACACAAUGAUAGUAUUACGAAUGAGAUACGAGAGGAAAUUGUAAGCCAAAGAGUUUCUCUUCCUGAUAAUGUCAGGGAUGCACUCGUAGCUAUUGCGCGAACAAAAGCAAACAGCGAUCAAUUGGGUCGGCUUGCAAAUCACUUCUUAUCUGAUAGCAACCCACUUACAAAUUGGAAUCUUGCUUUGCUUGUUCAUAAACUGGCGGAAAUAAUUAAGAAAGAGAGCGUCACUGGAGGACUGCCACCUGAAUUCAUGUUUUCAGGUUCUGGUGAUAUGGAUCCGUUG